UAUCACGAUAGACUCAGUAAGGGCCGGAAGAAAAAUGUUCAGCAUGAGGAAAGUGUGCGUGCUUUUCUUGCUUAUUUGGGCCGUCAGCGGCACAAAGACGGUGCAGCAAGGAAAAAAGAAGCCAGAUGUCCAGGUUGCAAAUCAUAGAGGCGGACGAAGCCUCUUGGGCGUCCUUCACAACCAGAGAAAUAUCGCGUCCAAUUUUCAGGACGAUGAAGACGAAAAGAUCGCGCAAUUUUAUGAAGAGAUGAGCAAAGUCAAAACUAGAGAUCAGUUCCUAAACAUGUUUAGAAACAAACCGGAUGUUUUUGAUUAUGAUUCAGAAAAUGAAGCGAGCGGAGAUGGAAUCGACCAGCCGCUUCAAACAGUAAAACAAAGAAUCGGUGACGAUGAUGAUGAUGAUGAGAACGAUGUACACUUAUUCCACUCUAUUCCACGAAAGAAAAAGGAUUUUCGAGAUCCAUGGAAAACCCUUCAACGGGAUGAUUGUAUACUUGUGAACAUGACGGUUCCGGUAGUACCAAUGAAAAAGCAAAAGCACAACGUCGACUAUCAUCCGAGCUGUGUGAGGUUGCAGCAGUGUAAUGGAUGCUGCAAGCAUUCCCUCCUACAGUGUGAACCAACGAUUUCCGCAAUCAGAAAAUUUGACGUUCAUACAAUCGAUCCUUUCAAUCGAGAUUUAGCAUUCCUAAUGACAGUGGAAUUAGAAGAGCAUCUGAGUUGCACAUGUGACUGCAGGAUAAAGAAAGAACAUUGUACACCCUUGCAAAAGCAUGAAGGUUGCGCAUGCAAGUGCAAAGAUAUCGAGAAGAAGCGAAAUUGCUAUAAUUCCACUAUAAAAAAAUGGAAUUCAAACACUUGCAUGUGUCAGUGCCGCGAAACUAGAGAGUGCAGCACAGGAUUCUCUUUCGAUGAAGAAACCUGCAGCUGUGUGAAGAACCGAAGAAAUCGCUGAAUGUUAGCCAGGAAGACGACUCGUAGAGUUUUAUUCUUCGGAUAAAUAUACUAUUACUUAUUAUCAACCAAUAAAGAUAAUUAAAAACAGAUAAAUCAUAUGUGUGACAAGAAAACCCAGUCAGAAUAAUUCACUUC